AUGUUUGGAAUUGUAUUCUGGAAAAUUGGCUCAACCAUAGAACAACAACAAGACAUAUUCAACAUACUGGGAGUUGUAUAUGGAUCGUCACUAUUUUUGGGCUUUAUGAAUUGCACCAUAUUACAACCAGUUGUAUCAAUGGAGAGAGUUGUUCUUUAUCGAGAAAAGGCAGCGGGCAUGUACUCUACAUUGGCUUAUGUCAUAGCUCAGAUGGCAAUUGAAAUGCCUUACAUGCUUGUCCAAGUUGUCAUGUUUGCGUCAAUCGUAUACCCAAUGAUUGGGUUCCAGAUGACCAUGUGCAAGUUCUGUUGGUUUGUAAUAUACAUGGCACUAAGCUUGAUGUACUACACACUCUUCGGAAUGAUGACAGUGGCACUAACACCUAACCUUGAGACAGCUGCCGGAUUGUCCUUCCUUAUCUUCAUAUUUUGGAAUGUCUUCUCGGGCUUUAUCAUCGGAAGAGAGCAGCUGAUCCCAAUAUGGUGGAGGUGGGCGUAUUGGGCUAACCCAGCGGCAUGGACAAUGUAUGGGCUCAUGUUCUCCCAGCUGGGUGACCGGACGGAGAUGAUCCUUAUGCCAGGGCAGGCAAACCAGACUAUUAAGGAGUUCAUUGAGGGCUACCUUGGACUUGAGAGCCGCUACUUCAGUCUUGUCACAUGCCUGCAUCUGACCAUCAUCGCCCUCUUCGCCUUCCUCUUCUUCAUCUUCAUCAAGCAACUGAAGUUCCAACGGAGGUAA